AUGUCUCUGUUCAGCAAAUUCACAUCUCUAUUUCAUUCAAAAUCAGCCGUUAAUAUCCAUUAAACGGAAUUGAACAAGUUUUAAGAGAUUCUAAACUCGAUUAUGGGUCCUUAUGUUUAGUUUGAUUUAAAAUAGAUGACAAAAACGAUGGCCUAAUACCUGACAACAAAUGAUAGUUAUAUUGACAGCCUCUUUAGUUAUAUGCAAGAGUACAAGCCAAGUCCAGGAAGCACAGCUUUGAUUCAAUUACUGGCAGUCAUCCACCAGAUGUUUCAUUGCACAGACAUCACUCAAGAGAUAUCAAUAAAACUGAAGGAUUGUCGGAUAAAACAAAUAGAACAACAAGAUUCAGAUAAUCUGGUGACAGAACCUGACUUAAUGACUCGUAUGAAGCACGAACAAUUUUACACAGAGAUGAACGUUAGCGAGGAUCUAAGCAUUACACAAUUUACUUACGCCUAUUUUAGUUAUCUUCAACGUCUGGCUGCUAAUAUCGAUCUUUAUAGAGCAGCCUGUCGUAACUCGUAUCCUUACCUAAGCGACAAGGAUCAAGUAGAGCCUAAAUUGAUGUUCUUAUGGCAUUACAAAAUGCAGAAUCUCAUUAAUAGUGCUGCAAUUCUUUUGAAAUCCGAAAUGAACAUCUCUGAAAUCCAGAAGUACAUCUACUUUGACGUGUGGAGAUUUUAGAGUUUUAUUUGCUUUGAAGUCGAAAAGAUAAUAGACAAAUAUAUCACCCUGCCCAACUCUGAUGCUCUCAGUUUAUAUGAAAUCUAUUCAGAAUCUAAAAGACACUAUGACUAACUGUUGAAGUUUAAGGACACCACCAAAAGACUGAAACUCUAAAUUCCAGUUUAAUGUCAGAUUGAAAAUAAUGAAUUAUAGGAGUUCCUCAAUUUUGUUUCCAGAUUAAAAGUUCUCAAUUAAAUGGCAUUCAAAAAAUCUCUUAAGGUUCCCAAUAAGUAAAAUCCUUGCAUGGGAAUACCCCAAAAAAAUCCUCAAGUUAGAUUUAAUGUUUACUUUAGUUACUUCAUUUACGAUCCUCCUCAGGCAAACAUAAGAAUGACCAAGAGAGAUUGA